AGCUCUGGCUGCUUAUGGCUCUUAAUGAAUUCGUUAUAAUGUCUGGAGUGAACCUGCAGCAGUGCUGCUGGUGCCUGGGGCUCAGGGGGGGUUGGGCCUACCGAGACAGACAGGCUGGGGCAUCAAACGAUGACAUAGGGGUCGCGGGGGUCAGGGGUUGCUGUGUGAUGUCAAGAGCUCUGACCGAAAACAUCUGCCAAUGUUUGCUUUGCUUGACAAAGUGUCUUGUUUGCUGAGCUUGGUUGGAGCAUACCGGGCACAUAAAGAUGUUGGGGUGUCAUGAUCAUCUGUCAUUUUUCAUCUAAAUCUGAUCAUUCCUUUCCCCACAUAGCUGGAGAUGAGGCAUCUAAUCAGUCUUCAUCCCCACCGUUUCUGCUGUGAUGUAUUUUUGUGAACGUGGUAUGACCUUGACAGUUAUGGGAGGCCUGCUUUCGCUUUCUGCUGUUACCAGCUUUGACCAAGAAUGCGUUUCAGUAAAUGCAUGAAAUAAUCGUUUUCUCCUAAAUAAAUGUCAGCAUCUGUUUAGAGGAUUUGGCUGUUCUGUUUUUACUGGGCAAUGCUUUGUUGAUAUCAUAAAGCUUCUCGUUAAUAAAGAGGACUUGUUUUCUACUUUCCUCUGGCUCCAUUGUCCUGUGUUGUGGUUUUUGAUAAAAGCUGGAGCCUUAGUGACGCUUGUGAGCGUUUACAGCAGGAUUCCAUAUGCAUGCUUUGCCUCGCUGUGUGUCCUGUUCUGACACGACCAUCACCGUCUGUUCAUUACCUUUCUGAUUCUUCUGAUCCGAUCCUUAACCGAAAGGAAAGUGUGACAGGGUCACGGGGCUUUUUAAGUGUGUCUCUGCACAGCCUUCAGAUAUGACCGGGAACAGAGCAGGGCGUGUUCCAGGACUUUGAGCUUCUAGCUGCUUUCAUUCACAAGCAUUAGUUUUUCACACUGGUUCAUUAUAGGGUGGCCCUGCUCAUACUUGGAUGCCCCCCCCACCCAAAAAAAAUGUGGAAGCAUCUGAAACAUGCGGAGGAACCAAUUUCAUGGCCUUUAAUGUUUGAGGAGAGUGCCAAAACCUCAAGUGUGGGGCUUGUUUUCCGUGACUGGUGGUGCGUUCCUUCUUGUGGGCUGCCCCCCCCACCAGGGCAGUGCUUCAGAAUCGCACUUUGAACUCCACCAGCAGGAAUUCCUCAAGGCCCAAUUUCAUGCAGUCACCUGCUCCUUGUGUUAUCUUCCCAGAUGUUUUACUACACUGUAUUAUGGAGAUUAAUGCUGAUUUAUUCACCAGCCACAGAUUAACUGUAGAUAGGCGUCAUCUGAACUCUCGUGCUGGCAUCCCUACUUGAGGCAAUGCGGGUUUCCUUUCAGCCUGGGUACCUGAGGUCGUGUCUCCUGUGUGACUGUCUGCCCAGGUAUGGCGUGACUCCUGAGAGCGUCAUCCUGUACGGCCAGAGCAUUGGCACGGUGCCCACGGUGGACCUGGCAUCCCGCUACGAGUGUGCCGCUGUCAUCCUGCACUCGCCACUCAUGUCAGGGCUCCGCGUGGCCUUCCCCGACACCAGGAAGACGUACUGCUUUGACGCCUUCCCCAGCAUUGAUAAGGCAUCCAAGGUGACCUCCCCGGUCCUGGUCAUCCAUGGCACAGAGGACGAGGUCAUCGACUUCUCGCAUGGCCUGGCCAUCUAUGAGCGCUGCCCCCGUGCUGUGGAACCACUGUGGGUGGAGGGUGCAGGUCACAAUGACAUCGAGCUCUACUCGCAGUAUCUAGAGCGACUGAAGCAGUUCAUUUCCUAUGAGCUGCCCAGCUCCUGAAGCCUGCCCCCCCCCCAUUCCCCCCCCAACCCUGGGUCAAGGAAGAUCUAGGGGCACUGGCGGGUCUUGCUGCCCUCGGGACGAGGAUCUGGUCAGUCUCUACUCGAAUGUGGAUCCUUCUCAGCCUCUAUGACAAUAAGUACAAAGCAUCUGUAAUUCUGAGGGUGAAUUUUACAUGUGCAACUUUUACAAAUUUAUACUCCUUUUAUACUUGAUGGAAACUUUCUCACUUUAAACUCCACACACACACUUCAUUUUUUCCCUGUAAAGAAUAAUUUAACAGCAGCACUUUCUUUGUGCAGUAAUGGUUAUUUUGACUGUGUACAUUUAUGUUUUUUUUUGUUGAUCUUAUCAUUCCAUUUGUUUUUUUCUGGUUACUUUUUACUUUUUUAGACUCUUUUAAUUGUAAUUACUGGCUGAUUUCUACUCUGACCCGAGAGGGUUUCACAACCCAGGGAACACACUUUUGUUUUUAAAGUUAAACUGUGGUGUUGUAUACUGGAAGAGGUGUGUGUGUGUGUAUGUGUGUGAUCUAGUGAUUCGGCUCUGCCUCAGCAGCGGUGUCUGGAGCACACGUCAGAAUGUGGGGGGGAGCUCUAGUCGGUCAGUCGCCCAUUAGCACGGUGCUUGAGGUCUCCCCAGGCUCACCAAAGUCACCCUUGGCAUCCGCUCAGACGAUUCGUGUGACCGGGAGGCCCACGAUGUCCAAAUACAGCCCAAUGCUACAAACAAAAGGCCUUAUUUUGUGACAUUCCUCCCAGCGGGUAGGCGAAGGGCCGCCCCAUGACACACGGAUGCUGCUAUCUGCUGAUAUUUCGUUGCAGGAAUCACUGUGAAACCUGACGGGAGUCUGUAUGCAGAGAAGGACACGUCGCUAUUGUGUGUCAGUACAACAGUUACGGGUUCGAGCAGACCGUCUGUGCCCGGUCCAGGCGAUUUCAUCCUCUCCAUACACUUGCCGAACACAGCAGACUGCAAAUGACGAUGUUCUGCAGAGAAUGACACUGGGCUUGUCGUUGUAAUGACUGUAUUUAUUACAUUUAUGAAUAACAAUGACUUGUAUGCUGUGUGCUGAUUUUUGGAGCCAAUUAAGACCAUUGUGGUAUUUUCACGUGUUAAAUAGGCAUGUAAUACAUGGUUCUUUUUAAGCUGUAACCAAGGGAAUUAAGAGUAGUGAACCACUAUGCUAUACUGCAGCGUUUCCCAUCCCGGUCCUCAGUACGGAAGCAAAAACAUAAACUGUCUGGAGGUGCCCAAGGGCUGGGUUGGGAAACACUGCUAUUGUGUGCCUGGGGCAAAGCUAUGAAGUAUCUGUCAGGUAAAAUUUUUUUUGGGGGGGGGGUAUUAUUAACGUCUUGUAUUGCGUAGUCUGAUCAUAAUGCAACCUGAAGGAUUUUUGCUGUGCAUUCCUCUCCACAAGGAGCUUGAAGGAUUUGUCUGAAUUCGCCACUGGCCUCUCGUGCCACGAUGCCGUGUUAGUGUGAAGCGCUGAGAUGC